AUGGUCGAAUGGCGGGGGGGUGUAGUACGGGAUGAUGGCGUCUUGCUGUCUGUUGCUGGUGCCACUGGGCCGCCGCAUCUUCGCCUGUCCCGACGCAACGCAACAUCAAGUCCCGGGCCUAGGGACAAAAAGGGAAAGACUUUUGAUGGCGAGAUGAAAAGUAAGGGAUGUGGGGCGAAAACCGGCAUCCAUGACCACCUUUCUCGUCUGGCUGACGACUGA